GUUAAUGUAAAAACAACAACCUCUUAAAGUAUUAACUCCAUCUACAAAUUAUAUUACUAGAACUCCUGAAAAAGCAAUUAAUACAUCUCCAUUUAGAGGAUGUAGUGUAUAAAUAAUUAUUUUACAUUUUAUUAGUUUAGUGACAAACAAUCAAUAACACCAAUCAAAUAAAAUAUGGGAUACCCUUAAGUUUAAUAAACUAUAAACUAAAAUUUUUAACCUUAAAUUCCUUAUUAUGAUAAUACUAUUAUUUAUUAGUAUCCAGAAACAAGAGAACAAUUAUUAUAAAGAAUUUACAAUAUGGAAGACAAUUAUAGAGUAUUUAAUUCUUAAUAUGAACAAAUAAAAGAAGAAUUAGAAAAAGAAAGAAAUAGAAGAAGUGAUACUGAUAGAACCUACUCUUAAUUAUGUUCAAAAUAAUAAGAGUAAAUAUUGUUAUUAUAUACAGUUAGGAAAAAGAACUAUAAAAGUAACAUUAAAUAGCUAAAUAAUUUGAAAGUUUGUAUAAAUAGGCUUAAAGAGAAAUCCAUGAAAAUAAAACUGUCUAAGAGAAAUUUUAAAAAAUGUUGAAAUAAAAAGAAAAAGAAAUCAAUGAAUUCAAAUUAAAGCUGAUUGAAGAAAAAGAUUUAAGAGCUAAGGAAAAUGAUAGAUUAGUUUAAGAAUUCACUUAAACUUAUAGGGAAUUAAGUUUAUAGAAUGAUUAAUUAAUUUAGGAAAAUAAUCAAUUGAAGACAGUAAUCUUAGAAUUUGAUAAUUAAGCAUACUCUCUAUCUUCAAAAAAAUAAUCAGAAUAGAAUUUCUAAACUAAUACUGAUUUUUUAGAUGAUCCAUAAUUAAGAUAAAUUAUUAAAUAAUAUCUUACAAAUGAUGAUGAAUAUUAUUUAAAUUAGAUACCAGAGAAAUAACUUAGAACAUCAAUUAUGAUUAUAAAGGAGAUAUUUGAAUCAAUAGCAUCUAAAAGACUGAAAGAAAUAAAAUCAUAAUAAUUCUAAGAACCUAAGUAACUUAAUGAAGAAAUUGAAAUAAAUCUACAGGAAGUCAGAAAAAAGAGAGAAUUACUUAUUAAAGAGAUAAAAAAUAAAAUGGAAAAGAUUGUAAAAUAAAAAGUAAUGAUUUUUUAUUAAUAAUAAGGAAUUCAAUCUAAUGGAAUUCAAUGAACUACAAAGAGAGAUUGAUGAUUUGAAAAAGGAAGUGAGUAGUAUCGAUAAUCUAAUAUUAUAAAUGGAAUAAUCACUAAUUUUAAAUCCACAUCGAAAUAGUUGUGUCUCAUUUGAUAAUGAAGAAUUCUAAUGA